UAAUCUACUUUACCAGAUUAGACAGGUAACGUGGAGAAUGUAGAUCAGUGUAUUACUCAGUGUAUGAGCAAGCUUACUGUUUCAACAGGCUCCUUUCAGCACCUGUACUCUGUUCUUCAGUUGACUGUACCAGAAUGUGUUCCACUCGGACCGCCGCUCUGCUCCUGCUCUUCGCAGCGAUCUCUAUUCCCAGUGAAGCCUUCUUCCCAGUGAUGUCUAAGGAAGUGUCUGAAUGUAUUGAGAUGGGGUGCUUUGACAAGAUAGUUGUCUGCAUGGAAUACUAUGGAGAGGAUCUAACAGGCCCACUGAAAGGUUGCAUUGUUGAAAACUGUAAAGGAGCUGUGAUCCACUGUAUGAAGGGUGUUAUCCAGGGCAUUGUGGCUGCAAGGAGAAGUCAGACUCCGCUGCUAUCUGCUGAGGCGCUUGAGCGUGUAAUUGAGAUUGUCAUGGAGGAAACUAUAGAUUCAGUUUUCCAUUGUUUCACAUACAUUGACCAGGACGAAACAGACCAGUUCAUGGGUAAAAUCACUGCACAUCCCACAAGCGCAGGGGUUGAUUGUUUACUGGAGGAUCUGCUGAAUAGAGCAGAGCGAUACGUCAACAUGCUGUCGUUGCUCACCGGGACCCCAGAAACAGGUGAGGUGUGGUGUUGGCUGAAGAAGACCCUCAGACAGGCGGUGAGCUGCUCUAACCAAACAGACGAUGACUACUACGAUGUGCUCAGACACAACAUGAAAAUGGAGACAAUCUUCAACAGGGAAGAAUACAUCAACUGUUACAGCAACAUGUUCAAAGACAAGAAAUGCUUCCAGAUGUACGCACGGAUGAUGGGUUCUACCCCAGCUAUGAUAACCAAGUCCAAAGACCUCUACAUCUGCGUCAUUAAUGAGCUGGUGGAAGCGACAGCCGCAUGCUAAAGCGCCCAAAGGAGGAAACCCGGCAGGCCUGGCGAAGACACUUCCUGCAGAAAAGAGGCUUCAGGACAAACAAAGACCUCUGACAUGACUGUCUUUUAAAAACACACGACAGGUUAUGAUGAAAAACGGAUUGGGGGUCGGAAUAUUUGCACUGGACUAGCAAGUAGCAGCCAGUUAACGAUCUUUUCUUUAACGAUCUUUUCUUUAACGAUCUUUUUCUCUAAGCUAUUGGUAACUA